AAGCCGACUGCUCGCGCAACGAACCAACCAGCUACUCUCUCAACCAAUCUAUCCAUCAACUCGGAUUCAAACUGCAGGCUUGCACUAUUUUCAAGAUCUACUUUCAGUAAAGACGAAUAUAACUCUCUUCAUUUUUCCUUUUACAUUUACAGCUACUUGCAACAAGUCACACCAGUAUACCAGAUAUUGAAAUUGAUACCUUUCCUCAUGAUUAACAGCAAGACAAUGGACGAGCAGAGACGGCGCUCUGCCUCGGCGCUUCGCGGGCGUCUGCGUAAGGAGAAUCACCGUCAACAGGACGACGGCGCGCCUUUUUUUCAACAAAGUGCAGAUGUUUCAUCAAGGCGACAGCUUUCCUGCAGUAGCGAACAUUUAGCGACUUCGGCUAGCAGUCUCAGCACUUAUGUACAGACCACAGCUCGUGCUGCUUACACGAAUCACAUGGCGCACCUGCCGAAGAUCACACCAUCACCGACACUACUACCGCUCACGAAAGUGGCGCCAUCCUUGCCGUCCUCGUCCCUAACGUCAGCGAGCCACUCGAUUUAUCAGCGCAAGAACAUCAUGAAGCAGGCGGAUGGUUCUAGGUGCCAGGACACCAUCACGAAGACGCAGAAUGAUUCUAGUUACCAGGACGGCACUAUGAAACCGAAGAAAGACCCUACUAGUGACCAGGGCAGCAUCAUCAAGAGGCAGAGCGAUUUGGCUCACCACUACCAGGGCGCGACGACGAAGAAGGAGGAGCAUUCUAGUUUUCGGAAGACCACAAGCGCUUCUAGAGACGAGAAUACAAAUGAGACGAAAAACAGCGGCAGCAACAUGAUGGAGGGCAGUCCGCUAAUGGAUUUGCGCGAAUCGCGCAACAUCGGCGCCAUCGCUACGCCUGAUCAUGGUAGAGAAGGAAAAAGUGGCCCUUCGUCUUGUAGUAGGAUUCUCGAUUCCUCCAAAAUGAAUCUUCUUACUUCUCCUAUGGGUAUGGUGCAGCUUUUGGAGGGCAAGGGUGGACAGAGCAAAGAGCUGCUUACGACUCGUGAGCGGCAGAAUGAAGAACAGCACAACAAUACUGGUUCUGGUGAGAUCUCUCUGGGGAUGAUUAGUAGUAGCAGAGAUAGAAGUGAUACUAGGGCGCAAGGAAUACAGUUACAGCUACCACUGUCGCUGUCGAAUAGUCCUGCGUCAACAUCUGUCGUGGUAGCGAGUGAAAGGCGCAACACUUUUGAGCGGCGGAGUCUUGUUAUUUCACCUCCGAGACCACGAUCGCGAACGCCAAGAGACAACCUUAAAGGCGGCGCUUUUGAGGAUCAAAACAAGAAGGGAGAAAAUGAUAGGGACGAGGACAAAUCACGCCAGGCUGCAGUGCCCUUUUCCCUUUCGCAGCCGGCUGCUGAGGCAGGAAACCCGCUAGCUUCCUCGGCAUUUUCGUUCGCAACAAGCCGGUGGAAGGGCCAAGCUCCUGUAGGGUCAGAAGAUUAUGACUCGUCUGCUCUGCAGGCUGCAGACUCAGUAAGAGGCCUUCCCGUAUUGUUCCAAUUCUUCAUAGUACUUGCCUCCUCGUAAGUUGUCUGAUAGUUGAUAGUACUGGCACUUACGUGGGUGAGCUGGUCCAAGAAUGAAAACAGCCUCAUCUCCCCAGGGCGAUUAUCUAAGUACGCUAAUUGGUACUAGAAGCCUUAACCGUGUUUAUACUUCUAACGAACGCAGUCCCUAGCGAAUUCGACGAAGCCCCACCGCCAUUGUCGGCUUGCCAGGAGCCUCUCGCGCCCUGCGCGCUUUGUCGCUGCGACUGCGUGCGCGCGGGUUGCCGGUGGGAUUCAUCAGCAACACAAAGGAGAUGACUAUGAAAUGAAAGCGCUCACAUGGUGGACAGGCUGCCUUUGUCAAUGCCCUUUAUUUUGUCUAAGGUAGCCCGAAGUAUGACUAUUGCUACCCCAGUCGUGGCGCGAAUGUGGCGGGUCGUUCUGCCUGGGUGAGGUCAACCUUUUUACUUGUAGUCAAUAUUAUAUUGCUCCCAAAGUGGUUUCGUAGAUGCAUAGGUCUAAGCAGUAAAAACGAAAGAAACCUAGACUGUCAAUGAAUAAGGACGCCCCUGAUGCAGUAAACUAUGGCGGUAAGGACCAACCCCCUUCACUAUCAUACGAAGGCAGACGCAGACACGGCAGACAGAAGCGGGUGGGAUGGAGAGACGGAAGGUGGGCCACCAGCCGGACUCGAGGGAAGCAAGGGACAAGGAUACGACAGCAACAAGGCAAGUCGUGACCUCGCUUGGCUCCUGGACGAAAAAAAGGACCUGACUCUUCGCACUAUCCAGUCCUCCAUCUUCAAUGAGGUCUCGAGCUCUAAAGCGGCUUCUGUGCAAGACAACCCGUCCACAACAACAACUGCUACAGGCAUUGAGCAAAACGUCGAACAAGAUAGUGCUUCUUUUACUUCCCCAAAAGAGCUUAAACAUGAUGGCGCUGGGGUGAUUAGUAGUCGAGGGAAAUCUCGUUCACGAUCACGCUCUGAUAGAGAUCCAUUUGGUGGCACAGAUUGGCCAUUUUUGUCUUCAGAUGGCACUGCCUCACAAACUCAGGAUCGAGCGGACCCUAUUUUUCACCCUCCUUCAGAAGCACAUACAGCCCCACAGGUCAAGGAGUCUUGCGAGCCGGGCAGCAAAACCAAAAUAGUUACUACGACGCCAGGUUUUGUCGAUCGAAUUUUUCGGCAAAAUCAUAAACUUCCUGUCCUGACUAAGCCAGAGGCGUUGUUCUCGUUUUUCCAGCACUAUGCGGAGCUGAAACAACACCACGCGCAACUUUUCUCAUACAGUUUGGAAAAAGGUUACUUCGUUGCCGCGUCCGACUUUGAGGAGUGCAUUAAGAAUCCUCAGGAUUUUGCACGAAAAAAAAAGAGCCUACAGGGCAAGGGCGCACAAAGAACCGCAGCGACCAUACGAGAGCAAGACUCGUCACCUGGGAGUCAGCAGGCAUCUUCACUAGAACCAUCGCCAGAACCAUCAGGAUUGUUAGCUGCGUGCUUUCUUUCUGCACCCGAAGUUUGCUUCAUGGGCGAGGGGUCGUUCGGCGGCGUAUGGUCUUCGUCUGAGGGCUUGCAGUGUCACCCUGAACCUGCACAGAAGACUGUCGUGAAGCACCAGCUUGACCUUGGCGAAGCCAUGGUCGAAGCGUGUUUUGCUAUAUACGUUUCCCGGCAGGAGAAUUUGGCGCAGUACGUCGCUCAAGCUUAUGAAGCUGUCAGCUUUAUUCCGCAGGUGUCGGGAUCACAGAAGCAGACCGGAAACAGCUUCCUCUUGAUGGAUAAGUACAGCCGCGACUUGAAGAAACAAGUACUAGGCGAAGUACAAGUAGGCGAGUCACCUCUCAAGGCAGGAAUCUCACUCCGCAACAGUGCGGCGGAGCGACCAGUACAAACUUCUUCUACGGCUUCACCACGACCCCUGGAAGAAGCCACAGGGGGGGCCGCAAUAGUGGCAAAGCGGUUCAUCAAGCGAGGAAAUCACAUGAUCGAAGGGAUAGUAGAGCUCGGCAAACUAGGAAUAGCAUCGAGAGACAUCAAACUGGAGAACUACCUCAUCGGCGAUGAAGCUCUGGAAAGUCCCAGGCUUUCUGACUGGGGAUUGUCUACGGCAUCGGGGCGGGAUACUGCUGAGAUGCCCCUGGUUGGCACUCCGUUAUUUCUAGACCCGCUAGCCCUCCUACUGCGCAUCGGAAAUUAUCGCGAUUGGAUUUCGGCGAACUUGUAUCCGGAAGCUGGUGCCCAACCAACAUACAUUCAGAUGGAUGCAUGGAGUCUUGGGGAUGCUCUUCUGGACUUGUGGACCUCUCAGGCAGCACGGGAAAAAAUUAUUGGGCCAUCUUUCGACAGGGUCUAUGACCCGAGCUUCUCGUCGUCGACGCCGGACGACCGUGAGCUUGCUGCUUACGCGACAAAAGUAGCACAAGAAUGCGCGAAGGAUUUCCACCCAGCGACUCGUGCGUACUACUCCGAACAGAUGCAAGAGAAAGGCGCAAAGAAAAGCACCGUCUUCUCAAAAACUGUGCUAGAGCUUCUUCUUCGCUAUCCGCUCAACUGCUCUCCGGACAAACGUGACAUGGCGGAGUUCGCUGACCUCUGGGGAGAGCUGCUGGUCGAGGAGAUGGAGAAAGAGAACAUGGGAAACCUCAACAACGAAGUAGUAAAUGAAGAUGGGCUGGAGAUCUCUCAAGACGCUACUAAAGACCAAGUGAAAGGCAUGCUACGGAAGGCAGCAGGCCUGGCAGACACGUUACAAGCGCCCAGCAGAUCUAGCACUCUACAGGCAGCUUCCAGCGCCAGCACAUCUAGAAGUACUCCAGAGGAAACGCAAACUGCAGCCAGCACUCUACGAGCAGCGUCCAGCGCCAGCACGCCUGGUUCUCCAGGUCCAGAGGGAGCGACGAGCUCACCUAGUAUUUCACAAAAGGAAGCGCAGUCUUUCGAGGAAAGUAACCAACACCAAGUAGCUGCAUCGUCCCAAUCGACAUGGAGGUAUGAGGCUUUGCAGGCUUCUGCAUCAUCUGAGACUCCGAGCCACGAGCACCUUGCUGGAGCUGGGAACGACGUCGGCGCCCCCUUUGACGCGACAGGAGCAAUGACCACUGACAUCACCGCAAAGGGUGCGGGUGGCACCGUGAGGAGGAUAGCCUCGUCUGUUGAGACUGGGCCUGGUGCUGACAACGCUAACGACGCAAUGGGCGGCGCAGACAUUAUGUCUCGAGAUGAUUCUGGUUUUCUAAUUGGUACAACUUCCUUGGAACUUCUAACAGUGGCCAGCACUUGCUUGUGCUUUACAUGAUUUAACCCCAAAACUUUGACUUCAUCACCAACCAGCGACUCCUUAUUUCUAAAUCUAACCCGAGUACCACUACCAGCGCCACAACUGUGGAAGCAGAAGGGGGAUCACCUACAGCGGCUGCCGUAGAGAAAGUGGAAGUAGGCACGACCACGAAACCAUCAGAAGGCCAAGCGAACAAUGUCGCGGGCAGUGAGCGUGCGGGAAAGAAGGCGGCGAAACAAAGCAAACUCCUCCGACGGGAGGACAGAUAA